AUGUCAUCCUCAAAAGACCCUAUCAUUAUCAUCGGAGCGGGCGUUACAGGCCUCUCCGUCGCGACACUCUUGCAGGCCGACUAUCCCGAGACGCCCAUUGUCAUCAUCGCCUCCGAAACUCCAAGCACAUCAUCGCCUUCGGCCGACUAUGCUUCAAUGUGGGCAGGAGCACACUACCGCCCCGUGCCAGGGUCGACGCCACAGCUGCAACAAGAAACGAGGCUGGCACACAGGACCGCGCAAAGGAUGCAACAGAUCGCAAAGCAGAACCCAGAGGCAGGCGUCGAACUUCUCCUGGGAGUCGAAUACCUCGAGGAUCCUCCGAAGGAGGUGCUGGCCCUAAAGACCGGGGACAUAUAUGCAUUCCCGAAUGACGAGUUCCGCAUCCUCGAUCAGGCUGCACUGCCCGAGGGCGCGAAAUGGGGUUGCCAGUAUCAGACCUACUGCGUCAAUGUGAAAAUAUACUGCGAAUGGCUGGCGAACCGCUUUGUUUCCAGGGGAGGCAGAAUCCUGCAACACCGACUAUCGAGCGCGGCGGAGGUGUUUGAAUUCGCCCAGCUGAAAAACAUCGGUAGAGUCCACACGAUCGUCAAUUGUUCUGGUCGCAAUUUCGACCAGGAUCCCAAGGUGAAAUAUAUCCGUGGUCAGACCGUGCUGGUCAAGCAGCAAUACGAUAAGACGGUGACGCGGCAGAACCGCGAUGGGACUUGGGCUUUCCUUAUCCCUCGUCCUUGUGGCGGAGGGACAAUCGUGGGCGGAACAAAAGAGUUGGAUGACCCGGAGACAAGUCCAAGACCGGAAACCCGACAAAAGUUGCUGCAGCAGAGUGUUCGCUAUUAUCCGGAUUUCGUCGACUCGGUCGAUAAAUUCGACGUGGUAAAGGAUAAUGUUGGAAGAAGGCCAUGGCGCGAAGGCGGUUAUCGUAUCGAAACCGAGGUGAUAUCUCCCAGAAAGACAAUCGUCCAUGGAUACGGUGCCGGCGGACGUGGCUAUGAGUUGAGCUGGGGCGCGGCGGAGAAGAUUGUCGAACUUGUCAAGGGAUCCCAGGCUCCCAGGGCCCGAUUAUAA